AUGGACUUGGAUCAUGGCGGACGGUGCGAUGCCGACGCCGGUUCGCCGGAGGAACUCUCCGCCGUCGAGGAGUGUCGCCGGAGUUUCUACGAGAACCGUUCUCGUGUUAAAGCUAGUAGCGACCUUUUAUGGAGAAUGCAGUUUCUGAAGGAGAAGAAAUUCGAGCAACUGAUACCGCCGGUGAAGGUUGGAGAUGCCGAGAAGAUAACGCACGAAACGCUGACCAAUGCGUUACGGAGAGGAGUCCGACUCCUCUCGGCGUUGCAGUCCGACGACGGCCACUGGCCGGCCGAAAACGCCGGUCCUUUGUUCUUCCUCCCGCCGUUGGUAUUCUGUCUGUACAUCACAGGUUAUCUUGAUGAGGUAUUCACUGCAGAGCAUCGAAAAGAAGCCCUCCGAUACAUAUACUGUCACCAGAACGAGGAUGGAGGGUGGGGACUACACAUAGAAGGUCACAGCACAAUGUUCUGCACUGCCCUGAAUUACAUAUGUAUGCGUAUACUUGGAGAAGGUCUGGAUGGAGGACGAGAAAACGCUUGCAGAAGGGCCCGACAAUGGAUUCUUGGCCAUGGCGGCGUAACCUACAUUCCUUCUUGGGGAAAAGCUUGGCUUUCGAUACUUGGUGUCUUUGAUUGGGCUGGAAGCAAUCCGAUGCCUCCUGAGUUCUGGAUCCUUCCUUCCUUCCUUCCAAUACAUCCUGCAAAAAUGUUGUGCUACUGUCGAAUGGUUUACAUGCCUUUGUCGUAUCUUUACGGGAAGAGAUUUGCAGCACAAAUAACACCUCUUAUUCUGCAACUGCGUGAGGAACUGUACUUACAGCCUUAUGAAACAAUCAACUGGAACAAAGCUCGUCAUCUAUGUGCAAAGGAAGAUUUGUACUAUCCCCAUCCUUUGAUUCAAGAUCUUAUAUGGGACUGUCUUCAUACCUUAAUGGAGCCUUUCCUUGCACGUUGGCCAUUUAACAAGCUCCUUAGGGAAAAGGCUCUUAAGGUGGCAAUGGAACACAUACAUUAUGAAGACGAGAAUAGCCGUUAUAUCACCAUCGGAUGCGUUGAAAAGGCACUAUGCAUGUUGGCUUGUUGGGUUGAAGAUCCGAAUGGGGAUUAUUUCAAGAAACACCUUGCUAGAGUCCUUGAUUACUUGUGGGUUGCAGAAGACGGAAUGAAAAUGCAGAGCUUUGGAAGUCAGCUAUGGGAUACAGGGUUUGCGAUUCAAGCUCUAUUAGCAAGUAACCUCUCCAGUGAAAUCUCCGAUGUACUCAAGAGGGGACACAACUUCAUAAAGAUGUCUCAGGUUAUAGAGAAUCCUUCUGAUGACUUCAAGAGCAUGUACCGACAUAUUUCCAAAGGGGCAUGGACUUUCUCAGACCGAGAUCAUGGAUGGCAAGUUUCAGACUGCACGGCUGAUGGCUUAAAGUGUUGCCUGAUGCUGUCAACUAUGCCGCCGAACAUGGUAGGCCCCAAAAUGGAUCCCGAGCGACUCUAUGAUUCUGUUAAUAUCAUAUUGUCUUUACAGAGCAAGAAUGGAGGUGUGACUGCAUGGGAGCCGGCCCGUGCAUAUGGAUGGUUAGAAUUGUUCAAUCCCACGGAGUUUUUCGCCGACACUUUGAUUGAGUAUCAGUAUGCCGAAUGUACUUCAUCAGCAAUCCAAGCAUUGGUUUUGUUCCGGAAACUGUACCCAGAUCACAGGGCAAAAGAGAUCAAUACCUUUAUCGAGAAAGCAGUGGAAUACAUAAAACGCAUACAAAUGCCUGAUGGUUCAUGGUACGGAAGCUGGGGAGUUUGCUUCACAUACGGUACAUGGUUUGCUCUUGCAGGCCUAGCAGCCGCUGGUAAGACUUACGACAACUGUCUUGUUACACGCAAAGGCGUUCAUUUCCUUCUUACAACACAAAAAGAUAAUGGAGGUUGGGGAGAAAGCUAUCUAUCAUGCCCUGAAAAGGUAUAG